AUGGCACACAACCUCAGGAUAGCUGUGAUAGGGGCAGGCAUGGGCGGCUUAGCUGCUGCAUUGUCCCUUGCCAAAGCUGGUCAUAAAAACGUCACAGUCUACGAACACGCUCCAGGCAUGGGCUUCGUAGGUGCAGGCAUCCAACUUGCGCCCAAUAUGGCGCGCAUUCUUGACAGGCUGGGCUGCUGGAAGGCCAUCGAAGCGGAGGCGGUCCAAUGUGCCAACACAUCUAUUCGAGAGGGAAGCUCGGAUAAAGAGCUGGCAUGUGUGGACUUGGGCUCUGUUCGGGACAAAUUUGGAUACCCACACAUGGUCGGUCACAGAGCAAGCUUAGCCAACGGACUUUACGAAGCUUGCCAAAGAGAAAGCGGAAUCACAUUCAAACUUGGAAGCCUUAUUUCAGAUCCCAAAUUCGGACCCAACCCAUCCUUCAGCGUUACACCAACACAAGGAGGAGAAACUCACAAGGUUGAAUGUGACAUUUUGAUCGCCGCCGACGGGGUCAAGAGCAACAUUCGAGUUGCCAUGCUCAACGAAUUGGGCAUCACGGGCUCGGUCCGCGACUCGGGACAGGCUGCAUACCGUAUCAUGCUGACCCGUGAUCAAAUGAAGCACGACCCGGAACUCCUCAAACUCAUCGAUUCUGACACAGUCACACGCUGGAUCGGCGAGAAGAAGCAUAUCAUUGCGUAUCCCAUUCACAACAAGCAGAUCUACAAUCUGAGCACAGCACAACCCGAUGUCAACUUUGCUGGUGCGCCCGACGCGCAAUAUACCACGAAAGGGAGCAAGUCAGCCAUGAUGAAAGUUUACGACGAUUUUUGCCCCAUGAUACACAAUAUGCUGAACCUGGUUCCCGAAGGCGAUGUCGUUGAGUGGAAAUUACGAGUCCACGAUCCAUUGGCCACAUGGAUUCAUGGAACUACAGCGCUCAUAGGCGACGCCUGCCAUCCCACCCUUCCUCACAUGGCCCAGGGCGCAGCUCAAGCCAUUGAGGACGGCGCGGUUCUUGGCGUUGUCCUGAGCCCAUCACGAAUCUCAGAUCGCCGCCCUGAAACGAUUGAACGCGCACUGCGCCUCUACGAGAAGCUCCGCAAACCAAGAGCAGAGGCAUUAGUGGAGAUGGCGGCUGAAAGCGGGCGAGCGAUGCAUCUCGGUGAAGGCAAAGCCAAAGAAGAACGUGAUAGAGCCUUUGCGGCUGCAAAAGCUGGGUCUGGAUCAGUGCCAGACAAGUGGGCAGACGCAGAUGUACAAGCCCGGGUUUAUGGGGUGGACGUUGUCUCUGAUGCUGAGAAGUUAUGUCUAGAGGAGGGACUAAUCGCGAAACUGUAA